AUGGCUGGAAUUUUACCACCAGAAAUCCUUCGAAUGAUAUUCAAACUUUUACUUGAGGGAGAAGGGGAUAACGGCCAAUUCAAACUAGCAGAAUUAUAUUCUUGCAUUUUAGUGAAUCGCAAAUGGUGUGGAUCGGCCGUCCCUCUAUUGUGGAGUAAACCUUUUUGUGCCAGUUCACCAUCACGACAACAGCGAAAAGUUAUUGACGUGUACCUGGCUUUUCUUAAUGAUGAACGAUGGAGUUCUUUAUUUCCAAAGAAUUUCUCACGGAAAAUUUAUGCCCAGCCAAAGUUCGACUAUCCAUUUUUUGCAUCCGAAAUAAAUUUCGAUAUGAUGGCUGAAAUAGUCUCUGACUGGUGUCGUCGAAAGCUCAGCAAGGAAUAUAUCUGGACAUUAUAUGAAGCUUUAUUUACGGUUUUUCGUGAUAGAAAUUCCAAGAUAAGCAAAGUCUCUUGUACAAUUGAUACACUUUCUUUCGAGGUGCCUUUAAUAUUUAAGGCUUUACCUGGUCUUAAGGAAAAUAUGAAAUAUCUCGAAAUUUUCAUAGAUCAUCGACAUUCCGGAAAAGAUUUAGACAUGAGGAAAGUUUUUCCAGCAGGGGUAAACGAAUUUCGCGUCCUCAAAAAUCUUCGUGAUCAUCACAUUGUCCAAAAUACUGAGUUCAUUGCAGACCGAUUCCUCCAAGAUGGAAUUUGGAAGUUUCAUAUUGAAUUUAUCAAUACCAAUUUCACUACCUCGCACCCGCUUUUGCAGAACCCACAAGCUAAUUGCAAUAUCGAAUCGUUGAGUUUUCGACGUUGCACCGGCCUCGACAAUAUUAAAGUCUAUAAAAGAUUUGAGACUUCUUUUAAUCAUGUGAGAAAAAUUACAAUUAUAGAAAACACUGAAGUUUGCAUGGAAUUUGCAAAUUGGAUGCAAAAAGUGAACAAUUAUAAUAACAUUAAAGAAACAAAACUUUCUUCGAAUAGUUGA